UUUGUCACUUUGUUUUUAGACCACGAAAUCAACAAUGUCACCAAAGAAGUGUGUUUUUGGUUGUGAGGGAAAGAUAACCUUGCUUCCCAAUGAACCCAGCGUUAAGUUGAGAGAUUUAGAGAUUUGAGAGAUUUGUUCUCACGCAUAACAUUGAUAUGCUCUCGAUAUUUGUCAUUAAAAUAACAACAGAAAACGCUUUAAAUUAACUAUCAAAAUAAGGAUAAAGUCAUGUCUGAUAAUUGCAAUCACUUUUUUAUUGGUUGAAAUGAAUGGAGAAUAUCUCGUGUUUUUCCGCGGCUGCUCGAGCCCUCAGGGUCGGCACUUAUGGUUUUAUAAACAAGGCCCAGUUCUACCAACCGCAGGUGAUUGAGAGAACCAGCAGCAGCUUGUCUCUCAUGGGCUGAAGGUUCUUUCCUGGCCUCCAUGUCACAAGGCCAAGGCUCUCAGGGUACAGAUAUCCUCGGACAAGACGUCCUCAACCAGCUACUGGAGAUGCUGGACCAGUCUGCACUACAUUCAAUGCAGCCUAUCGAGCUCAACUUUUCUGAGGGCUCUGCGAUCGGAUCAGCAUCCAAUACCAUACAGAUUAGUAUGGACUGUAUUACAAUGCGUGGGCCUGAGGAACCCCUUACACCACAGUAUACAAGUCUGGGGCUUCUCAACAGCAUGGAUCAAAAUGGUGGCUCCACCUCCACCAGCCCCUACAACAACGAUCAUGCUCAGAACAAUGUAACGGCACCAUCACCCUACGCCCAGCCCAGUUCCACCUUCGAGGCCCUGUCUCCAUCACCUGCCAUCCCAUCCAACACAGACUAUGCUGGCCCACACACCUUUGAUGUGUCCUUCCAGCAGUCCAGCACAGCCAAAUCAGCCACCUGGACGUACUCCACAGAGCUGAAGAAGCUAUACUGUCAGAUUGCCAAAACCUGUCCUAUUCAAAUCAAGGUCCUUACUAACCCACCUCAGGGUGCAGUCAUACGGGCCAUGCCUGUCUAUAAGAAAGCGGAGCAUGUUACUGAGGUGGUCAAACGAUGCCCGAACCAUGAACUGAGCCGAGAGUUCAAUGACGGCCAAAUAGCCCCACCCAGUCACCUGAUUAGGGUUGAGGGGAACAGCCAUGCUCAAUACGUGGAAGAUUCCAUUACUGGGCGUCAGAGUGUGCUUGUGCCUUACGAGCCCCCUCAGGUGGGCACAGAGUUCACAACCAUCCUUUACAAUUUCAUGUGUAACUCCAGCUGUGUUGGUGGAAUGAACAGACGGCCUAUUCUUAUCAUCGUCACUUUGGAAACCAGAGAUGGUCAGGUUUUGGGCCGACGGUGUUUUGAAGCUCGUAUCUGCGCCUGUCCUGGACGCGACCGCAAAGCUGACGAGGACAGCAUCCGCAAACAGCAUGUCAGCGAUGGCACAAAGAGCAGUGAGGGUACGAAACGCCUUUUCCGCCAGGCCUCUCACCUGUCUCAGCACCCCUCCAUCAAGAAGCGAAGAUCCACCGAUGAGGAAGUGUUUUGUCUGCCUAUUAAAGGCCGUGAAAUCUAUGAGAUUUUGGUGAAAAUCAAAGAGUCUUUGGAACUCAUGCAGUUCCUCCCUCAGCACACUAUUGAGUCAUACAGACAGCAACAGCAGAACCUACUGCAGAAACAGAGCUCUCUGCCACCCCAGCCUGCCUUCGGUUCCAGCUCACCCACCCUCGGCAAGAACAAGCUGCCAUCAGUCAGUCAGCUCAUCAACCCCCAACAGCGCAACACACUCACCCCAUCCAGCAUGGCUGGAGGACUAACUGACAGUUUAUUACAGUCUCAACACUUUCCCCUCCCUUCAGUGACCCCUCCCAUGAUGGGCGGCCCUGUUCCCAUGAACACGGACAUGAGUGCCCUGAGCCCCACCAACCCCCUGCAGCCUCAGUUACAAAUGGUGCCCUCCUCUCACUGCACACCUCCACCACCCUACCCAAUGGACAACAGUAUUUCCAGCUUCCUGUUGAGGCUGGGCUGUUCAGCCUGUUUGGACUAUUUCACAGCUCAAGGACUGACCAAUAUCUACCAGAUUGAGAACUACAACUUGGAGGACUUGUCCAGGCUGAAGAUUCCCACAGAAUUCCAGCACAUCAUCUGGAAAGGAAUCAUGGAGUACCGGCAGACCAUGGAGUUUUCUCCACCUCCCCACAUCUUGCGCACCUCUAGCGGGACAUCCACCGUCAGCGUGGGCUCCACCGAAGCCAGAGGCGAGCGCGUAAUCGAUGCGGUGCGCUUUACUCUCCGUCAGACCAUUUCCUUCCCUCCGCGGGAUGACUGGACCGAUUUCUCCUUUGAUCUGGCUCCAGAUUCUCGCCGCAACAAGCAACAGCGCAUCAAGGAGGAGGGCGAAUGAACAUACAUACAAACAUACAAUGGCAACAGUGUACAUUUACUGUACACACACACACUCUCUGUUUUAUAUUAGCACACUUGGUGUUGGUCCAGAUCGUUUCACAGUUUUCCUAAGCAAGUGAUGAUUAAAAAAACUGUGAGCCUCAUAGUCUAGUUCACUUACACUUAAAUGGGCAGAUAAAAUGCACUUAAAGUCCUUUAUGGUUUCAUUUUCUACUGGUGGAUUUAUCUCUGGUUGUCAUUUCAAGCCCCUUUAUUGAAUGCAAGCAGCUGUGGCUGAGGGGAAAUGGUGCUUUGCUAGAUUUUGUCAUUUUUACUGUUUCUUGAGACGAAGCACUUAAGAAAUGCUGUUGUUACUACUCAUAAAAUAAACACUGAACGUUUGGGGUUUCAUUUUUUCUUUUCUUUUCUUUUUUUUUUUUUUACAAGGCCAAAGGUAUAUUUCAACGUGUUGUUCUUUUUUUGUAUAAAAAAACAAACAAAACAAAACAAACUUUAGUGUUAAUUGUAACCAAUGUUGAAAUAAUUCCCUGCGGUU